AUGGACGGUGUCCCUCUGAAAAUGCCACAGGGUGCCUCACAGGAAGUCAAAGAAGACGUGGAAGUUAUUGUUCCUGAUUAUCUCACCAGACUGCAGGACACAGAGUAUGAGUUCAGUCUGGAGAACUGGGUGCUAACCGGGCUGCAGAGUGGCUACACCAGCCAGCAUCGGCCUCAGCUCCCCUCCUCUUCAUCAGGACUGCAGCCAUCUUGUCCUCCGUACUGGAUGAUGUUCAGCAGUCCGCAGCAGAGCCGCCUGGCCAGCCGCCACUGCUCUGACUUCUGGGAGCCCAAUCCUCGACAGCGCUCGCGCAGCCUCAACCCCGCAGUCCUACGCAUUAAGUUGUCCAUCUCUGACUCUGAGGAUGAGGCCUCAGAAAAAGCCAAGAUAUGUUUUUCAGGGAAAGCCUGCUCUGGUGGAGAAAUUGCUGCUGCUUCAUGUCAGCGUGGUCAGAGGAAAGCACAGAGAGCCUUUGUCCCAGACCUCCUGAACCCUCCGGCCUGCCUCAGCAGCCUGCCUCACCAGCGCAGGAAGAACCUGCGACAGUGCUCCCUGUCAGUGCUGGACACAUCCGAACAGCACGGUCCCAACACAGACAGCCCAUCCUCAAACACGACCCCCACCAGCAGAGCCCCCAACACCAGAGCCAAUACAGUCGACAUGCUCCCCAGUGUCAACACAACACACAUGAAGUCCUCUGGGUCGGACUCGUCAGUAGAGCUCCUGUCAGCUCUGAGCCCAGAGGAGAGAGAGCUGCUGGGGGCCAUCACCGCCCGGGGUUACCCCCUCCGCACCGCCAUCAUCGCCCUGCAGAAGACCGGCCGGCAGACCCCAGAUCAG